AUGCCGAUCCGCCGGGGGCCGGGCGGCUCAAGCCCCCUCGGUCACCGGAUCAGCGGCAGCUGCUCGGCCCCCCGGUGCUAUUUUCACCCUCAGGAUAAAGUGAUGUGCAGCCGCCGCCCGCCCGCACGGCUCCAGCAGCUCCAGUCAGACCAGAGCAGAGCCAGGAUGAAGGCCACAGGCAGCGAGUGCGCCGCGCAGCCCGACGGCUUCGCCUCCGACCUGGACGACCUGUACAGCAGCAGCGACAGCUCCGACGGAAAGUCCACCGGCGGCUGCAGCCCGCGCCGCGACACGGGGGAGGCGGCGGGGAAGGAGCUAGCGGCCGGCGUCGGUGCCCGUGCCGGUGCCCCGAGGCGGAGGCGAAGACGCAGGCGGAACAGCGGCGACGGAGACGCGCGUCUGUCCGGCGUGAGCAAGCAGCGGCAGGCGGCCAACGCGCGGGAGCGGGACCGGACGCACAGCGUAAACACGGCCUUCACCGCGCUCCGCACGCUCAUUCCCACCGAGCCCGCCGACAGGAAGCUCUCCAAGAUAGAGACGCUGCGCCUGGCCUCCAGCUACAUCUCGCACCUGGCCAACGUGCUGCUGCUGGGCGAGGACUGCCGGGACGGGCAGCCCUGCCUCCGCUACCAGGACAUCCUGCACGGCCCCGCCGCGCUCAGCGCGCCCCCCCUGCGGCCCAUCUGCACUUUCUGCCUCAGCAACCAGAGGAAACUGCUCAGGGACGGGGGGAAGCACUCGGCUGCCGUGUGA